CUUGAUCUCCGCGUCUAAGCCGGGAGAAGCCCCAGGUUUCCCAGCCUUGGCCGCUCUGUGUCCCCUGACUGCAGGAGCCUAAGGACGACGCCGGGUGUCUCGGGAAAUGGUUACAUGAACUAGUAUUCAUUGUCUGGAUAGCAGAAGGGAGAAAAGAAAAAUGAAUAUAAAAGUCUUGACUGUUAUCUUCAGUUCCUUCAAAAUCACAUCAAAUGGAGGACAGGGACCAGGCAUCUGUGACCUUUGAUGAUGUGUGUGUCAAGUUCACCCAGGAAGAGUGGGCUUUGCUGGAUCCUUCACAACAGAAGAUGUACAAGGAUGUGAUGGUAGAAACCUUCAGGAACCUGGCCUCUGUUGCAAAAACAGGGGAAGAUCAGACCAUUGAAGAGGUUUACAAAAAUUCCAGAAGAAGUCUAAGAAGUCAAAUUGUAGGGAGAUUCUGUAAACACAAAGAAGAUAAUCAGUUUGGAGACGUCUUCAGCUAUACUCCAGAUCUCAUUAUAAGCAAUAAUAUUCCUACUGAAGUGGGAACAAAUGACAACUGUGUGUGUACAGAAGUCUUCAUCAGUCAUCCAUCACUGACUCUGCCCUUCAGAACUGAGAAUGGACCUGAGCCACAUGAGUAUCAGGAAUAUGGAAAAAAGCCACUUAAAUGGAAGGAUUAUGGGGAAACCUUUCCUGACUCCAGAUUUCUUAAAUGGCAUGAAAGAAGUCACCCUGGAGAGACACCCUUUCUAUGUAAGUGGUCUGGAAAAGCCUGCUUUCAUUUAAGUGGCCUUUGCAUAUAUGAGCUGGCUCAUGAUAGAGAACAACCCUAUGUUUGUAAGCCAUGUGAGAAACCCAUCUCACAUUUGUGUGUUGAAAAACAUGAAAGAACUUCCAGUACAGAGAAACCCUAUGUAUGCCAACAAUGUGGAAAAGCCUUUAGUUCUUCCAGUUAUGUCAAAACACAUGAAAGAACUCACACUGGAGAGAAGCCCUUUGCAUGUAAGCAAUGUGGAAAAGCCUUUCGUUCUUCCAGUUACCUCAAAACACAUGAAAGAAGUCACACUGGAUCAAAACAUUAUACAUGUAAACAAUGUGGAAAAGCCUUCUGUUCACCCAGUAAACUUGAGAGACAUGUAAAAACUCACAGUGGUGAAAAACCCUAUGUGUGUGAGCAGUGUGGAAAAGCUUUUAGUUCUUCCAGUUACCUGAAAAUACAUGAAAGAACUCACACUGGAGAGAAGCCCUUUGCAUGUAAGCAAUGUGGAAAAGCUUUUAGUUCUUCCUGUUACCUCAAAGCACAUGAAAGAAGUCACACUGGAGAGAAGCUCUUUGCAUGUAAGCAAUGUGAAAAAGCCUUUACUUUUUCCAGUUCCCUCAAAAGACAUGAAAGAAUUCACACGGGAGCAAAACAUUAUGCAUGUAAACAAUGUGAAAAAGCCUUCUAUUGGUCCAGUGAUCUCCUAAUACAUGUAAAAACUCACAGUAGUGAAAAACUCUAUGUAUGUGAGCAGUGUGGAAAAGCUUUUAGUUCUUCCAGUUACCUCAAAACACAUGAAAGAAGGCACACUGGAGAGGAGCCCUUUGCAUGUAAGCAAUGUGGAAAAGCCUUUAGUUCUUCCAGUUACCUCAAAACACAUGAAGGAAUUCACACAGGAGCAAAACCUUAUGCAUGUAAACAAUGUGGAAAAUCCUUUUAUUGGUCCAGUAUCCUCCAAAAACAUGUAAAAACUCACAGUGGUGAAAAAUCAUGUAUGUGAAUAGUGUAAAGAAGCUUUUAGUACUACCAGUUACCUCAAAACACAUGAAAGAAAUGCACAAUGGAGAGAAGUCCUUUACAUGUCAGCAAUGUGGGAAAGCCUUCUAUUCAUGUAGUGCCUUUAAGAUACAUGAACACAGACAUUGUGGUAAGAAACCUAUGUAUAAUUAGCAAUGUGGAAAAGCUUUUAGUGCUUCCAGGUACUUGAAAUUACAUGAAGGAAUUCAUAUUGGAGCAAAACCUUAUGCAUAUAAACAAUGUGAGAAAGCCUUCUAUUGAUUCAAUGGCCUCAGGAAACAUGAAAAAGCAGUGGUGAGAAACCAUGUAUAUAUAAAUAAUGUGGAAAACAUUUAGUUCUUUCGGUGGCCUCAAACACAUCAUGAAUUCACAUUGAAGAGAAGACUUUUGCAUGUAAGCAAUUUGGAAAUGCCUUUACUUCAUCCUGGUACUUCAAAGCACAUGAACAAAUUCACACUGGAGUGAAUCCUUAUGAAUGUAAACAAUGUAGAAACCCUUCUAUUCUUCCAGUGACCUUCGAAGACAUACAAACUCACUCUGGAGCAAAACCUAUAUAUGUUACCUGUGUGUGAAAGCCUACUUCAGUUGAGUGUCCUUGAAAGGCAUGAAACAAGUAACAUAGAAAGAAAAUAAGAGUCAAUUCCUUGCAUGGGCACAGUCACUUAGUUGCACAAGUUUGUUAUGCAUGUGAUUGAAUUAGCACUGUUUCCAUGCCAGACAUGGAACACAUAAUCAUCCUGUUUCUUUGCUUAAAACUCAAUGCUUGAGCUUGUAUAAUAUAAUUUCUAAAUGGUGGAAGAGUGGACCAUGUGGUAACAGUGCCAGCCUGACAAGAGAGAAGGGCCUAUGAAGUGGCUAAUGUGGUAGAAGGUCUUUGUAGCAAACUAGGAAUCCUGCAUUCAAACUCUAGUACACCAAAAAAGUCCCAGUAAUGAUAGAAAUGCUAUGUGCUUGCUCCUGCUCUACCUUUCCUGGGCAUACACAGGAAGACAUUAUAAUACCUGGUUUAUAACAGUACUAUGGACAAUAGACAAGCUAUGGAUUCAGCCUCCAUGCCAUACAGCCAAUAUACCAAUAUAGAAAAUGUACUGUAUAUCUGUAGUGUAAAGAAAAGCGGAAUUAUGUAAUUUCCAGGAAAAUGGAUGGAGUUAGAGAGCUUCAUGUUAAGCAAAAUGAACAAGUCUCAGAUAAAUACCAUGUUUUAUAUAAUAUGCAUAAUCUAGAACUUUUACAUGAAUGUGCAGGGGGAUUUUUUGAGGUGGAAUCCACUGGGAAAGGGAUAGAAAAGGCAAUACCAUGAGAGGAUGAGAGGAUGAGGGGUGCAUUGUACACAUCCAUGCAGUCAGCACAAUGAAGCCUAUUGAUCUAAAAGGCAGGGAGAGGAGAGAGAGAAGAAAGUGUAAUUGGCAGGAUGAAAGAACAUUAUGGGAUUGUAUGGUAAAAGCAUACCAUACUGGUGUACAGUAGUGUAUACCAGUAAACACAUGAUAAAAUUUAAGUGGAAAUCCAGUAAAUAUGUAUAGUUGACAUAUGUUAACAAAUAAAUAAAAGAAGGGAUGAAUAAUUCAAUUUGGUCCUGGAUGUUUGACUCAAACAAUACAAGCAUGGCUAGCAGCAGGAGGAAAACAUAAUUCAUUCCAUUUAACAAAAUUAUUACCCAGUUCAUUUACGGUAGCACAUUAUUUCCUGAGACAGAGACUUUACCACUGGAACAAUUCCUCUUAAACCAAAAGCUUCAAAUAAGUAGUUAUUUCAAAAGACAGCAGAAAAUGACAAGACACAUGCUAAGAAGCAGGUGCCUGGUGUGGAACAUCUGGACUGGUUCAGCUGAAUGCAAUUAUACCCAAGGCUGGGCCAAGUUCAACCAAGACAGGGAAGCCUGAGUAAGGGGAGCAUGUCAAUAAUUGUCCAGUAUGCCACCUAUGAACCCAUUAGUGACUACUUCUGAGAAACCUUACAGGACACAAGUGAGAUGAGUGUCCAGAGUAAUGCAGAGAACCUGUAUGAACAUAAGAAAUGUGCACAAUCCUCCAGGUCUCUCAUUUACCUUCAGAAGACUGCCCUGGUUCUCAAUCUUGAGAGACUCUAUGAUAAUAAACCCUGAUGAUGCCUUAGGGUGUCACACUUCCCAUUAGAUACACAAAAGGACUACUGAUAGAGAUAAACCACAGAAAUUUAAACAGUAUGGGAAUGCUUUAGUACUUCUAGUUACACUAAAAUACAUGAAAGAAUCAACACUGGAGAGAUGUAUGUAAGCAGUCGGGAAAAGCCUCCUUGUCUGACUUAAGUUCAAAAUGUGAACAUAGGUUCAUAAGUCCUAUCUGCAUAAGCAAUGUGGGAAAACCUUCAUUUCUUUAACUGACAUUUGAAUACAGAAACAAAGUCACAGUGGAGAGAGGCUCUUUGUAU